AUGUCAACCCCUCUAGAUUCCCCCAUUGAUCCUUCAGGGCUGUGGCCUCCCAAGCUUCCACAGGUUGUCUCAUAUGACAAGGAGGACUCUAUCGCAGUAUCAUCUAAUGGUGAGCAUGGGUCCAUGGCCGAUGAAUUCUACGGUGUCAAAAGUGACGAAGAUAUCAGCGAAGGUGUUGACAAUGACACCGACGACGCCAACGACAACAGCGACGAUGGCAAAGACGAUGACAGCGAUGAUAGUGACGACGGCGAAGACAAUUACAAUGACGUCAGUGAUGACGGUGAAGAUGGCAACAGCGAUGACAACGAACCACCUAGCAAGAUCCAUCAUGUGGACAACUCGAGUGAGGAUGGUGGAGGUCCUGGCGACGACGACACCGCGUAA